AUCGCCUAGCACUGGAAUUGAACCGUGAGAACACUUGAUGUAUUGUGGGUUUGGCUGAUAUCCGCUGACCAGUGGUUUACAUAUUACACUUCCUGGUAAAUGGUCCUGAGCUCCUUCCUGAACCUGCGUCAUGACUGAAAAGGGCAUUGGGCCAGUCCACAUAUGUGGUCAAUAAAUAGGUGAACUGGAACUGAAAAUGCUGCUGUCACUAGGGAUGCUGAUGUUGUCUGCUACUCAGAUUUAUACCAUUCUCACAGUCCAGCUUUUUGCAUUCUUAAACCUCUUCCCUGUGGAAGCAGACAUUAUAGGUUACACUUUUGACAACAGAUCACAGUAUUAUGAGGAUUUGCCAUCAAGAUUUGGCUUCAGGCUCCCCAGUGAUGGUCUCAAGGGUUUCCUUAUCAAUGCCAGACCAGAAAAUGCCUGUGAAUCCAUUGUUCAUCCACCUCGGAAGGAGAAUUCUUCAAAUGCUUUUAUUGCUUUAAUCAGAAGACAUGACUGCAACUUUGAUGUUAAGGUGUUGAAUGCACAGAAAGCAGGAUACAAGGCUGCGAUCGUUUAUAAUACUGACUCUGAUGAUCUACUUAAUAUGAUAUCCAGUGACUUUAAGAUCGCAAAGCAAAUUGACAUCCCUUCAGUCUUUAUUGGUGCGACAUCAGCAAAGUCCCUUCAGGAAGAAUUCCUGUAUGAAAAAGGUGGCCAUUUACUAUUACUUCCCAGUUACAGCCUCCCACUGGAAUACUACUUAAUUCCUUUCCUCAUUAUUAUAGGACUCUGCUUGGUCCUUAUCGUCAUCUUUAUGAUAACUAAAUUUGUGCAAGACAGACACAGAUCAAGAAGGAACCGACUUGGCAGAGCUCAGCUUAAAAAAAUUCCUGUACAUAAUUUCAAAAAAGGAGAUGAAUAUGAUGUAUGUGCCAUCUGUCUUGAAGAAUAUGAAGAAGGAGAUAAACUUCGAAUCCUCCCCUGCUCUCAUGCAUAUCAUAGCAGAUGUGUCGAUCCUUGGUUAACCAAAACAAAGAAGACAUGCCCUGUCUGUAAACAGAAGGUUGUGCCUUCGGAAGGUGACUCAGACUCGGAGUCAGAUGACAGCGGCCAUGAAGAAAAUGAGGCAUCUGAACGCACUCCCCUACUGAGAUCAUCUGCUUCAACUACUGUUCAAACGUUUGGAACUACAUCUGCAUCUCUUUCCCAUCAGACAGUCUCUGAAUCACUGGACUACGAAGAUGAUGAGGCUGAGAGCAGGGUCGCAGAUGAAGUCACCGUUACAGUCGGACUGCCCAGUGCCAAUGAAGACACUGAUCCCAGAGUAACUCAAAAUGUUUGAGAAGCCGUACCAUAAAAGCCUUGCUGUUUUACUGCAGUUUUUCACAAUUAUGGUGCCGAAUGUUCUUUAGUUGCCACACGUUGAUUAGACAAAUUUAAAAGUGCUUUCACAUUUAAAACCAGCCAUUCUUAAUUUUUCUAUGGAGCUGAAUACUGAAGUCUGUAAUUCUAGAUUUAGGUUGUUAAAAGCAUCCCCUGUAAUUGCAUCUACUUCCUGGGCCAGGAGUAAUGAUUUGUACUGAAAAGUAUAUAUAUCUUUUUUUAAAUCACUUUUAUUUUUAAUUUAUUUGAGAAGGCUAAAGUAUUCAAAGUAUAAACUAAUGUCAAACUGUGCUGGCAACAUGUACUCAUUACCCUGUGAGAAUACAUUCAUAUGGUACCUGUCACUGUAUUCUAUAUGUAAAAGAUUAUACUCGCUCACAGUCACAGGUAUGUCAAAUACAGUUGAAACUGGUGGUUAGCUUUUUACUGUGGACUGAUGUAAAAUUUACUUUAUUAAGUAAGAGUAUGAGUUCUACAUAAAAAAUCCAAAGGACACAAAAGAUGUAAAUACUAAAUUCAUGUGGACCACGAUUGCAGCAGUGAUUAAAUACACCAACUAGGCUGUAUUGUAAUAUAGGUUUAAGUACUUUUAUGACUUGCAGCUGAAAACAGUUUCAGUGAAAUGGAAAUAUAAUAUUGUUAACUAUGGAAGUAGUAAAAAAAUGUUGUUGUAGCAUUUGAGAGGCUACCCUCCGCACUUCAAACCAUCCAACGUUUAAGAUACUUUAAUUUGCCCUGAGAAUUAUUCAUUUACAGAUUGUGGUUAUAGAACCUAAGAACAGUUAAGCUAAUCAGCCCGGUCCACCUGGCUAGUAACACUGGUCUAAAUGUAUUUCUUAAAAUAAACAGUACAUAAGUGUAGAUGUUGAUCCAUGUAAAAAGCUUGCACAAACCACAUAUCUACAGUCUAGCAUUUGUCUUGCUAAGCUGGCCGUCAGUAGCUUCUUCAGCAUUUUGGCAAUAACCAUCUCAAAAUUUUAUAUGAAAUGACAAAGCACCUGUUCAGAUCUUGAAAAGGAUAUCUGAACAGCAAUCAAAGGUAGCAGGUUAGUUAUUUAAACACUGUGAUAGCUGUACUAUAGCUAAAUUGCAGGAAUAUUUACCAAAACACUGUUUUGCCAAUGGCAGCUUAAAAUUGCACUGUAGUCUUUUAAAAUAAGCACCAGUACGACAUGUCUUACAUUUUGUACUGAUAUGAAUGAGCAAUGGAGUGCUUUUUAAAUAAAAAUAAAUGUUGCUUAUCUUAA